GCUCGGAAUCAUCACCAGUUCUGCGGUUGAGCUCUAAGCGGUAACAAGUGUACGCCCCGAAGAUCCCAUUGACUACUGCAAUUCGUACGUUAAGCAGGAAAGAGUAGAAAAUACUUUCAAAGUGCGCACGCGGUUCAUCAUAUCGCAUGUAGUGCAUAUAGUAUUUAGAGUGUAAAGGAAAGUUGAAGAGUCGAAGCAGCAAAUAAUUUGCAAACUUGGUACAAAAAUUUCAGGGAGUAUAAACAAAAGUAGAAAGUCAAAAUUUAGAUUUCUCCAAAAAAAAAAAAAAAAAAAAAUUGUAGAAAAAGACUAAAGAAAAAUGUCCGCUACGCCCACGCAACCAAUAAAUACGAACGCGUUGAACGCGUCGCCAUCAACACCCGCCGUACUUGUGGCUCCACAACCACAUCAACAUGCAUUGCCGCCAAAGGAGAUUUCCGCGCUGAAACGCGCCGCACUGCAAGUGAUGGCUGGCGGAUCGGCUGGUUUUGUGGAGGUUUGCAUUAUGCAGCCGCUGGAUGUGGUCAAAACGCGCAUGCAAUUGCAGACGACGAGCAAGGCGGCGGGAGAGGCUCAUUACAAUGGCGUCUUUGAUUGUUUCGCCAAAAUGUAUCGUCAAGAGGGUUUAUUCUCCUUUUGGAAAGGUAUUCUACCGCCUGUGAUAGCUGAAACGCCAAAACGUGCCAUUAAGUUUGUCUGCUUCGAACAAACAAAACCGUUAUUUAUGUUUGGUGCACCUGCGCCAACGCCAUUGACCUUCUCACUAGCCGGCCUAACAGCUGGUAUUAUCGAAGCCAUCGCCGUCAAUCCAUUCGAGGUAGUAAAGGUAGCACAACAAGCGGAUCGUUCGAAAAUGAAGGAGGCAGCCAGUACAUGGUCGGUCGCCCGUCGCAUCGUGCAGACAGACGGUUUUGGCUUUAGCGGCUUGAACAAGGGUGUCACUGCCACAAUGGGUCGUAAUGGUGUUUUCAAUAUGGUUUACUUUGGUUUCUAUCACAGUGUUAAAAACUCUGUGCCCGCAUUUGAGGAUAAUACCAAAGAAUUCUUCCGCAAAGUAUUGAUCGGUUUCACAUCCGGCACAUUGGCCUGUUUCGUCAACAUACCAUUCGAUGUGGCGAAAUCACGUAUACAGGGUCCACAACCACAAGCGGGUGUUAUCAAGUAUAAGGGCACCUUCCGUUCCAUUGGCAUUGUGUAUCGCGAGGAAGGCUUCCGGGCGCUCUACAAGGGUCUUGUGCCGAAGGUGAUGCGCUUGGGUCCAGGUGGCGCUAUAAUGUUGUUGGUCUUUGAGUAUGCUUAUGAAUUUUUGCAGCACAAGUUCGCGUAAUGUCACUCGGUCUGUGGCAGUGAUGGUGAGUUGGAGGUGUGAGGCGAGUUGAGUAUUUGUGAAAAUGUAGCGUCAUUACUGCCGUUAAGCAGUAUUUACACCACACACACACAAGCAUACAUACCUACAUAGAUUUUGUACGAUACGGAUUAUUUGAUAAAUUGUUUAACUUUUAUUAUUGUUAUGGUAUAUUUAAACAAA